AUGUUUGGAGCAGUUGCAUCUUUGUUUGACGUGCAUCUAUCGUCAUUGUCCCCGCUUCUAUGCGUGUGUGUAAUCAUCUUACUGGUUUGUUUUAUAUUGAGCCGGUCCCCAGCGGGAAGAGGGGACAAUGCUCCCCCAGGGCCCUGGGGCUGGCCAGUGAUCGGCAACCUCCCUCAGCUCGGCAAAAAGCCCCACGUUACAUUAACGCAGCUCAGGAAAAAAUACGGAGACGUUUACAAGAUAACUCUUGGCAGUCGACAGACAGUUGUCUUAAAUGGACUUUAUACAAUCAAACAGGCGCUCGUAAAACAAGCCGAGGAGUUUGCUGGUAGGCCCGACUUUUACUCCUUCAAAUUCAUAGGAAACGGGAAGAGCAUGGGUUUCGGUGACUACGGCCCGCGUUGGAAGAUGCAUCGACGUCUGGCGCAAAACGCUUUGGCUGGAUGCAUUAACAAGAAAACCAAUCCUAUCGAGGAAUCUAUCGUUUCCGAAGCGGAGGUGUUGGUUUCUAACCUCCUGGCAUCAAACGGGGCUCCUGUAAAUCCGCACAACGAGAUCUACCUAUCGGUAGGAAACAUCAUAUGUGCCUUGUGUUUUGGUAAACGAUACAAACGUGAUGAUCCUGAUUUCCUACAGCUUAUAAGGAUGAACGAUGAGUUUAUGGCGUUUGCAGGGGCCGGUAACCCUGUGGAUAUUAUGCCGUGGGUCAGGUUCUUCACGUUCCGUUCAUUCAACACCUUUGUGGGUAUCCUGAACACCAUGACCGCCUUCUGCGUCAAGAAACAGAAGGAGCACCUAGACACCUACGACCCCGCCGUUGCGAGGGACGUCACCGACCUUCUCAUUCGGGCGGUUCAGGAGACACCAGAUGAAGAGAAGGAAGCAGUGGGUUUGACGGAUGAACACAUCUUGACAACAGUUCAAGAACUUAUCGGUGCCGGUUUUGACACAAUAGCUAGUACUCUGCAGUGGAGUGUUCUGUUCAUGAUGGCUUAUCCGGAUCACCAAGACAAAGUUUACGAAGAGAUUAGUUCUAACGUUGCUCUGACCGGAACGCUAGAUCUGGAGGACAUGAACAAUCUUCCAUUCACGGAGGCCUGCCUUUUGGAGAUAAUGCGUCACUCUUGUAUCUUCCCUUUCGCCUUGCCGCACAGCACAACAAAGGACACGUCACUGAAGAAUUACCACAUCCCCGAUAAAACGCUGAUCUUUGUUAACAUGUGGUCAGUCAGCCAUGACGAGGACCUGUUUCCUGAUCCAGACAGGUUUGACCCCUACCGUUUCCUUGACGACACUGGACGCCGAAUUGAUAAGGCAAAAACUGAAUUCUUCCUCCCGUUUGGAGUCGGCCGUCGACGAUGUCCCGGGGAACAGUUGGCAAAGAUGGAACUGUUUCUGUUCUUUGCUACCAUGAUGCUGAAAUGUAAGUUCGAGAGCCCGUUAGGUGUGGCUCCUGUGAUCGACAGCAAGUAUGGCCUUACUCUCAAGCCCGUGGACUUCACGGUAGUUGUUACCAAAAGACAGCCAAAGGAUAUCAAGUGAGUGGUGACCAAGAGGUAUCCAAAGGAUAUCAAGUUAACAGGUAAUCCUUUGUGAAGCAAACUUCUACAAUUGCCUGCUAUUUGUGUAAGAUAUACUGCCAUUAUACUGAUAAUGGAUGUAAAGACGAUGAACUGA